AUGAAGAAAGCGUUUCUAAUUUCAAUAGCCUUUUAUCUACUAAAUUUAGUGAAUGCAAUUCAAUCGAAAGAACAAGAAGAAAUAAUUUGUCCUAAUCCCCAAGAUCCCGCUGAUUGUUAUCCAAAAAUAUUUAUAGCUACUAACAACUGGCAAACUAUACGAGAAGGUCAAGAAAUUCCUCCUGGUUUACACGUAAGAUUGAAUAUGGAUACAUUACAAAAAGAAGCAAAGUUGAUGUCGAACGAAGAAGAAGGAUCAGAACCUCAAAAUGAGCUUAUAGUGGGUGAAAAUAAUGAAGAAUCAGAGGAAACUGAGUCAAAUCCAAAUCAGCAUAUACUCGACGCCGCUAAUGAGAUAUUAAAACAUCAGCAGAAUUCAAAACCACAUAAGUCAAAAGUAAAAAAGGAAGAUAUGUCUGAACUUGAUUCAGCAAUAUAUGAAGUAGAAAAUUAUCAAACUUCCAACGCUGAGGACGAUAAAGUAUUAUUAAAUUUAUUAGAAGCGAUUGAAGAUUUAUCACAUGAUAUCGAGCUUGGGGCCAAAAUUACAUCUAAUUCAGAAUUUAUUAGUAAGUUGUUAUCAAUUGGAUCGACCUCACCAAACCUGGAAAUUUCUGAAAAGAGUUACAACAUUAUAGCGUCAUCAUUGAGAAAUAAUCCUGAAGCUAUAGAUAAUAUAAUAUCCUCACAGCCCGAUUUAGUCAAUCAUUUGUUCGAUGAUAUAUCAAGAUCGAAAAAUGACAAAGUGCAAAAAAGAGAAUUAGGUAUAAUUCAAGCUUUGAUUCAAAACUCAAAUUUUAAAGCCAAACUUGCAAAUUUAAACAAUGAACAAUCUGGAAUAAAUAAACUAAUCAAGCUUUACUCCAAACUAGGUCCAGAGUCUCAAAGAAGAAGUAUAAAUAUAAUAAAUGACCUUGAACUCACAACGAAAACAAAUGAUAGAAGAUCAAUAGAAGAGACAGACCCAAAUUCCAAUUUUUCAAACUUCCUACAAGCAUUAUUAAUUGAAAAGAAAUUGAAUAAAGAUAAUUUUCAAAAUCAUUUCAAGGAUCUUGUUGACUUACACUCUGAUAAUUCAAAAUUAAAACCAAAUAAUCAAUUCUUGAAAUGGUUGAGCGAAGAAGUUGAGACUAGGAAAGAAAGAAACUUAAAAAUUAAAAGAGAUGUUGAGAAUGUUGAUGAUCAAUUGCAAAAAGAUUUGGAUUUUGAUGAUUAUAUGUUAAGGGCUAGACAUGAAAUAUUUGGAAAUCCAAUGGGGUUAAGAAAAGCUAUAGCUGAUGAAUUGUAA